GAAAAAUUUAAAUUCAAUUUACCCAGGAAUGAAGAGCAAACGUAAAUCCUCAGAUGGUAGGAAGAAGUCACACUCUAAAGGAAAUAAUUCGAAUGUAGCUGCGACUCCGGACAUGAUGCUAUAUGACAAUAGUAUUAAUUAUUCUAAGUACAAUCCAACAUAUAAAGACUAUUCCUCCUUCACUCGUAAGACAAGUCACAAAGUUGGAGGCAGUGGUAUCAAUACAAGCAAGCUCACAGGGGGCAAGAAAGGCAGAAUCGAGAGAGACAAGUCCAAAUAAAUCUAAAGGAAAUUUCUCACAAAAUAUGGGUUACCAUAAGUUAAGCACGGAUGGAAAUUAUAGUUAUGACUAUAAAGCAACUAAGCAAGGAUACAAAAGAAUACAUGGUAAAAGCGUUACUGCUAAUACUUCCCCUAUAUCCUCAACUAACAGACCAGGAUCUAAUAAGAAGCACAUGCAGAGCCUGAACCAGAGCAGUAUCGGCUUUUCACAUUCUCAGCACGUUUCUCCUUCAUUAUCAAAGUCAAACAAGCUUUAUAGACCGAAGAAGGAUAAACUUCCUGCUUCUACCACCUAUGCCUUGGCUCAGAUCGGGAAGAAGACUUAUGUAGUCCCAACUUCAGGAGGAAACAGCAAUUCUGAGAAGUCAAACAAGCCUUCACUAAAAGGGUCAAAUUACAAAGGAAAUACUGCUUACAAUGAUGCAUUCGGUUAUUGAAAGUACAGCAUUCCAGACUCCAAGACUUCAAAACGGAAGGAUUCGAAGCAUAUGAAGAACAGGCUAGACCUUAAAAUGAUCAAUGAUUAUGAAGAGAAGAAAGCCUUUUCAAUGGUCUCUAAUAUGAUCAACAAGAAAGAGUUUGCCGACCCUAUGAACAUCAGAGGAAUUGAGAACAAUAACUUGACCAAAGAGAGCCCACUUCCUAUCCGAGAUGAGAAUGGACUGAGGCUGUUACUCCAGCAGAACAAAGUUGGAAAGGGAUUCAACCUUGACUAUAGUAUCAUGGAUGGAGGUACUGGAGGAGGAAACUCCAAGAGAAUGAAUAGCUACCUCAAAAAUAGAUCUUCUAAAAGAAGCAAUUCUGAGAAUGGUAAAAUUAAAAAUAAAAGAGGUGGAUAUAACAAAAAGACCAAAAAGUACUUUGGAAACUCUCAGAAAACAAGAAAAACCGAUAAUAGAAGCUACUCAAAGAAGAAAUAUCAACAACACCCAAAUGAGCUUAGGAGAAAAACAAACAGUGUUGAACCUCCAGAAGGAAUCAUGCCUCAUUCACCUCAUAGUGCUUCUAAGUACCACCAUCGACAUCAUAAGUCAGUGACUCAGCCAAAACCUACUUUCAUGGGAGGUCCGAAGCACAAAACAAAGCAUUAUGUAAUGUCUCAAGGAAACAGUGAUUUGAAAUAUAAACUAGAAAAAGCUAAGAGUAAAGGAAAAGGAUUCAGGAGAUUCCACAAAUCCGAUGUGAACUCCUUGGAAAGAGAUGACUCUAGUGAUUAUGACAGAGCAAUCGAUCAGCCAAUGAUUUCAAAGGAAAUGAGGAUCCCCUCUGAUGUAUAUGAGAGCUACAAAAGAAAGAAGUAUAUUUCAUCUGCGGUUGAUACUCCCAUUUCUAAUAUGUCCAAGGAGAUAUCUCCAAACUUUAUUUCAAACAACCAUUCGAAAAUGAGAGCAUCAAGCUUAUCUAACAAGAACUCUCGUCCAAAUUCGACUAAGGAAAGCAAAAAGAGAGCUUCUUCUUCGAAUACAUCACAGGACAGGAAAAAGCUGAAUAGGACAAAGAAUUCCUCUAACAGUCAUGAAAUGUCUGGCCAGAUGGAUAAUUAUGCUGUUCAGAAAUAUUAUGACGCAAUGAACAACAAGAGUCACCAUAAAUCUGUUCAGCCCAAUAACGGGAAUCAUAACUAUAGUCACAUAGGGUGGGAAGGCCCUAUAUCUUAUAGUAAGAAAGGAAGUCUCAAUGUUAUUGAAGAGUCUCUUAAUAAGAGCAAGAAGUCUCUUAGCCAUAGUAAAAAGCAGAUAUUGUUGAAGUCUAGCCAAAAAGAUAGCAGUAAAAAUUUUAAGAGUAAGAACUCAAAUGACAAGGUCAAAGUAAUGCACAAGAAAAAGCUGAAAGAUCUUGAGAUUGAAAAAUCCCAUGCACCUUUUGAAAUGAUGCCGAAUGGAUAUUUUGACUAUCAGCCAGCUGAGAAUAAGAAGUAUGAUGUUCUAGGGAAGCAUAAAUAAAGCUAAAUCAGGAAGUAAAGAAGUGCACUCUCAACUUGCUAACUACAAUGAUAAAAAAAGUAUUGGGUUUAAAGAUUCUAUUAAGAAUGAGUAUGAAGAAAUCAAGCCUUCUCAGAAGCCAGGACAUCGCAAGGUUGAGUCAAAGCAUGAGAAUUACAUUGAAAAGCUUGAUGAUAAUAGCAUUACAGAUGAAAUUUGAGAAAUCAAUCAUCAUGACUUGUUGAAUUAUAUUCCACAGAAGUUGUUCUUUAGCAUCGAUAAAUCAGAGUUUGAGGCUUUGUCACCUCGAAGUAAAGAAAUCAAUUCGACCAUCCUAAUAGUAAAGAAGUCAUUCAAAGAGUACAAUAAGCCCCCUGUUACAACGACCGACUUCUACAAAAUUGGUCGGAUGCUAGGCAAAGGAGCUUUUGGGAAAGUAAAUUUAGGUAUGCACAAAGUUGCUAGGAAACUUGUGGCUAUCAAAUCUAUGAACAAAGACUUCCUGAAUGAUGAGAAAUCGAAGAAAAAGUUGAUGCAGGAAGUAUCAAUCAUUAAGAGAACCAGACACCCCAAUGUAGUCAAGCUCUACGAAACCUUUGAGUCUGAGAAGCAUGUUCUAUUCUCAAUGGAAAUGUGCGCAGGUGGAGACCUCCUCAACUAUGUCAGGAAGAGAAGGAAACUCAAAGAGCCAGUAGCCAAAAUCCUGUUCAAGCAAAUCAUCGAGGCUAUUGGCUAUAUUCACACCAGAAGUAUUGUGCACAGAGAUAUAAAGCUGGACAACAUUCUGCUUGACGGUAAAGGAAAUGUCAAGAUCGGAGAUUUUGGGGUUUCGAGGAUAUACAGAGAAGGACAAAUCAUGAAGGAACAGUGAGGUACUCCUGCCUAUAUUGCUCCUGAGAUCCUACAAGAUAGAGGCUACAAAGAGUUUGGAGUAGACAUCUGGAGCGCUGGUGUUGUCCUCUAUUCUAUGUUGUAUGGCAGUGUUCCCUUCAAAGCCAAUAAUAUGGAAGAGCUGCAUACAAUGAUUUUGAGUGCAAAGUAUACACUUAAAGAAGAUAUUACUGAAGAGGCAAGGAAUUUGUUGAGAGGCAUGCUUGAGAAGAAUCCUAAGAAGAGGCUCAAGGUUCCUCAAAUUUUGAAACAUGAGUGGUUCAAAGAUAUUGACAAGUCUAUCUCUAUUUUCAAUGAUCAGGAAAAAUCCCAGAUCAAGAAAGAAUUUACUUAUAAUGAAGCUAGAAGGAUUCAAAGAAAAGAUGAUGAGCUUGAAGCUGCAGAUUGAUUCACCGAACUGGACAUUGACACUUCAAGGAACACAGAGCUUAAGAAUGUAUCAACAAAGUCAAUUAUUCUUGCCCCAUUUACCUCUACAAAGAGCCAUGUCUCUAGUCUUCAUGAUAGUGUGAAGGAACUGAUGAAGGACAAGAAUAGAAUAAUCAAGUUUGCAGCUAGGUGUAGAGAAACAGACAGGCAGUACGAAAUCAACAACUGAUGGGAGCUUGAUAAUGGAGUUUAUAAUAAGUUUGUAUACAACGAAAAUGAAGAUUCCAAAGGUGGCGAUAAUAUCUCUGAAUCAUCUCAAACAGAUCGAUCAAAUUUAGGUAAGAAAAAGAAAAAAUCUAAGAAGCCUCAAGGAGCUGAUGCCUUUUUGAAUGAUUCCCUUGAAUCCUCCUUCAAGGAUUCUACUCUUAAAAGCAUGGAGGAAGACCAGAAGAGAAGACAAGAAAACCAGUUCUUCUCUGAUGAAGAGGAAGAAGAGGAGGAAGAUCAUGUCAAAAGAAUGAAAGAACUCCUCUGAGCAAACAAGUCUGAAGACAAAGAUCUUGAGAAGUCUGACACAACCUCUACUCAUUACAAUUUUGUUCUCGACGAGGGCAUUGUAAAAGCUACUUGUCAGUUUGGAUAUCCAAGAGAGUAUGUCAUUAAAUGAUUAGAGAGCAAUGAAGCCAAUUACUGCACAGCUGCAUAUUACUUACUUGGCACCGAUCAGGACUACAGCACGUAGAUAAUGUUUGAAACCUAAGUUUUAAGCCUAAUUAGCCCAUUUUGAU